AUGACUGGGAAGACCCAGACCAGCAACGUUACCAACAAGAAUGACCCACGCUCCCUCAACUCCCGCGUCUUCAUCGGCAACCUCAACACGGCCGUAGUAACCAAGGCCGACAUCGAGGCCAUCUUUGCCAAAUACGGCAAGAUUGUGGGCUGCUCGGUGCACAAAGGCUACGCCUUCGUUCAGUACGCCAGCGAGAGGAACGCCAGGGCGGCCGUGGCCGGGGAGAACACCAGGGUCAUCGCCGGACAAUCACUAGAUAUCAACAUGGCAGGAGAGCCAAAACCAUACAGGCCUAAGAUGGGCUCCAAGAGGCCUCUCUCAUCCCUCUACAGUGGCUACGAGUUUGACUAUGACUACUACAGAGACGAUUUCUACAGCAGACUCUUUGAGUACCACGGUCGUGUCGUGCCCCCGACCCGGGCUGUGAUCCCCAUCAAGCGUUCACGGCUAGUCGUCCCCUCCACACGCAGAGCCAAAUCCUCUUUUCCAGUCAGGGCCUGUUCCUCCUCUUCCUCCUCCUCCUCUUCCUCCUCCCGAGCACUCAACGUCAGCUCUUCCGUCACAGCACCUAAACUGAAGACAGACCAGCUCCUAACAAUCAAAAAGGAGCUGUCACAGAUCAAGACCAAGAUUGACUCACUGCUGGGAAGGCUGGAGAAGAUUGAGAGGCAACAUCGCUCUGAUGGCGAGAUGCAGAGGAAACAAGACGAGGUGUGUGAGUGUCUCCAUGGUGACGCAGCAGACCACUCUGGUGGCGAGGAAGCGGAGGGGACAGUCGAGGUGGAGGCGGGGGAGAUGACGGACGGCGGCGAAGACGACUUUGAAGAUGAAGGAACCAGCGAUAUGAUAGAGAACCACAUAUCAGACAUUGACAACUGAGUAAGUUUGGGGGGAAAAGGAAGCCUUCGGUACAAGAAGUUGGGAGAACAGAUACCAGCAAAACCUUCUUGAUCAAGGAGGUGUAUUUGAAAUGAAAGGAAAUGACGGGAGUGACUGACAGCAGAAGGAGAGUUUUUCAAACUUGUUUGUUGCUUGUUUGCCUCAUUAGAAAACGACACUUCUGAUGUGUACUUCAUCAAAAUGCUGGUUAUGAAUAAUCUCCAGACUACUGCAAGAUCAACUGCAAAUAGCAAUCGAUAAUCUCCCUUAAAACUGAUUGCCUCUUUGGAAAAUAAAGGACAAUAUAUUGUGUGCUUAAUAUAUUAUGGUCUGUAUUGUGCAUAAAAAUACAGUUAUGUGGUCAAUCAGAUGAAUCACGAAUCCUUAUGUUGUACCGCAGAUGUAUGUGUGUUUUGUUUGUGUGCGUUGAAAACUGUGAUGAGCCGCGAUGCUGGCAGAGAGCUAAAUAUGAAUGUAAGAGGAACACACUUUCUUUGACACUUGAUUAUGAUGUGAUUUUGCUUUAUUCGUACAUUUAGCUGAACUGUACAGUAUGUUAUUUAUUCACAAUGCCUCCACACAGUAUUGUAUGCAUAUCAUGUUUGUCAUUUGUUGUACAUGAUAAGAUGCAUUUUGAAUUCUGUUUACAUUCUGUUUACGGGAAACAAAAGAUGACUAUUUUUUACUAUCAGCAUGUUAAAAAAAAAAGUGGCUAUUAUGGAUCAUUUGUAUUCAUUGCAUCUGUUGUACAGCUAUGGAUGAUAUCAGUUUUUGAAAUAAACC